GUAUGAGGUUGUUGCGGAAUUUAAACGAAAAAUUCACAGUAACUUACGAUUCAGCGAAUAAGUCAAGAAUUCUCUACAAAUAUUUGCUUAGACAAUGUCAGAGACUACCUAAGGGACCUCGAGAACAUUACCCUUUUAUGGUUAGGCAGAGUUUCAAGCAACACAUUGAAGAAAAGGACCAAGAGAGAAUAACUCAGAUUAUCAAGAGAGCAUAUGAGGAUGCAGACUGGAUUUUGAAAAAGUAUCUUGGGGAAUCUAGCAAAUAAGAAUGUUGCCUGUUCCGUUAACCAUCGCUGACAGCAUUCCACGUUCCACUUUUUGGGAAAUCGUGAUGCUGUUUCACAAUCGUCCAUUCUUGAUUAAUCGAUUAGUAACUGCUACAUCUCCAGCGCUAUUUCACAAGGUGCUUUUCAAAAGUUCAUCUGUUGAGCAUGUUAGUGAAUUAUUCACCACCUCUGCAAUUUUAAGUGAAAUGAGACAAAUGAAGAUUUUUUCAAAAACAGCGAUAUCUGAAGAAUUUAUCACAAACAUUUUACAGUGUUAUGAUAAAAAUAUGGUAUUAACUCCAUCAAAUGAAGCUUCAUUCAUAGAUGAACCUGAUGGUGUGUUCAUUUCCGUACGAAUUCUGCUAUCCAAGAUUAACAUAGCCCACAAGUGCUUAGAAGUAGUGGUACUAGAUAAAGACAAAAACUCUGCAGUAUUCAUUUCUGUGGCUGAACCAGGUGAAUCUCGUAUAACACCACCUUUUCCAUAUGAAUUAGAAUUGAAUUCAUCAAGUUUUAGAAUGAACUUGAGCAAUUUUGAAGAUGCGGAUAGUACUCAUGCAGAUUGGUUAGCUGACAAAUUGUUCCCAAAACUUUUGAAAUGGUCCAAAUCUAACUUUGUACCAACAAAUAAAGUAAACCCACUGUCACUAAUUUCUAUUGAUGAAUAUUGUUUUUUGUAUAGCGAACUGAAGAAGAAAUAUUCUGAAAAUCUACUGAAGGAUUGGCUGACGAAGACAAAAACUAACCCCCAAAAGUAUAUUUUCGAAGAUUUAGCUAUAGCUAGUUAUCUUAUAUGUUUAUGGAAACUGUAUCCUGAAAAAUCAGUGAAGUUUAUUGAUUUAGGCUGUGGAAAUGGUCUUUUGGUCCAUGUUCUGAACCAAGAGGGCUACGAAGGAUACGGUAUUGAUAUAAGAAGGAGAGCACUUUGGGAUAUAUAUCCACCUGACACGAAACUACAAGUUGGUACAGUAUUACCCUCUUCAUUAUUUCCUGACUGUACCUGGCUUAUAGGAAAUCACUCAGAUGAACUCACUCCCUGGAUACCUGUGAUAGCUCUUAGAAGUUCUCCAAUAACCAACUUUUUUCUUCUGCCAUGCUGCCCAUUUGAUUUCAGUGGUCAAAAAUAUACCCGAACCAACACUUCCCUCAGUACUUACUCCGAAUAUCUUCUAUACAUUGAGCAAAUCUGUCAAAAAUGUUCUUUUGAAACGCGUUUGGAUAAUCUGAGAAUUCCUUCAACUAGAAAAAAUUGUCUGAUCGGAUUAGCUAAAGACUUGAACUUUGAAACUUUAAGUAAAAUACACUGUGAAGUCGAUAAGUUUAUCGAUUCUCGAAUGUCUACAGUCUUCAAACUUAGAAGUAGUGUUGAGCCCGUGCGAAAUUGCACUCAGUUGGAUAGACAGUUCAUAGCAGAAUUUGUGAAAACUUGUGUAAAUAUUUUAUUAGUUGAAGGAACUUACCUAUUAAAACAAAAUGGAGAUGAUUGGAACAAAGGAUCAGCACUGUCAAUAUCAUGUCUAUCGAAAAAAAUAUCUGCUGAUGACUUGCAGAAAUUAAAAAACCAGUGUGGUGGACUCCAAACACUGUUCAGGAAUCAUAGAUAUAUAUUUGUUGUUGAAAAAGGAAAUGUGCAAUUGAGGAUGCCUGCAACAUUAGAAACUGACGGACUGAAGUAUAAAAAAAAGAUAUGUUGGUUUUAUAAGAAUCAUCCUGAUGGCUGUUUUAAUUCAGAUGAUACUUGUGGAUUUGAUCAUAGUAUGUCUUGAAAUAAAUGGAAUUUAUAUGGUUUA